GUUCGAGGGCCGUUUGAGGGUUAAGGGUUGAACCUUGAAGUGGUCGAUAUACAGUCCGGUGCUUGUCACUUGUCACAGGACAACCACCGAAACCGAACCGACUGGAUCAACUGUCCAGAUUACAUGCUCGCAACCAGACAAGAUGCCUCCCAAUGGCUCUUCGUUUACGGCCCUGAACCUUCCAUCAGCGUUUAGCCUCCCCCAAUGCAUGGAUUACUUCACGCUCACCGCGGGUCCCAACACGGAUCUCUGGCGCAAACCGGGCGAUCGCGACACGGCCACGGCCCCGAUCGUGUUCACGUCGCUGCGACGUCGAUUCGAGGUCGCCGAGGUGACGGUGACCGCGGAUUGGGAGAUGGAAUGGGACCAAGGCGGGCUGGUGAUCUUCGCCGGGGCGCCGCCGCAAUCGUCGGAGGAUGUUCCGGUCCAUCAUGUGCCAAUAUCGCCGCCGCUGGGCACGACCCCAGCCGUUCGACUCGGAGCAUCGUCACCGGCCUCCUCCCGACCCUGCAAAUGGGUCAAAGCCGGCAUGGAAUUCUGCUCCGGCACGAUGAACGUCUCCAGCGUCAGUGCCACGGCGGACGGCGCGGACUGGUGCGCCUCACCGCUGUCCUUCCCCGAGCAUGGCUCGGCGCCAGUCCACUCGCUGCGUAUCAAGCUGGAGCGCGUGGGCCAUGCCCUGUGGAUCUGGUACCAGGUGCCCGCCGUGGCGCCGUACGCGAUGACCCCAGGCGCGAUGUUCAGCGGCAUGUGGCGCAAGCUGCGCGAGGUGACCUGGUUCUUCUACGGGAUCGAGGAUAAGUUCGUGCAUGUAGGUGUGUACGCCAGUCGCCCGAACCGGCUGUCGCGCGGUGCGACGAUGUGGGCGACGAUGAAUGGGAAUGGGUCGGAUUCGACGGGGGUGGCGGAUGGAUUGGUGGUUGAGUUUGAGGAUUUGGAGAUCUCCUAAUGGACUUGAUUCAGUCACGGCGAUGAUUGCACGCUGCUAAUGGCUAGGGUUAUCCCCUAGGGCUACUGGCUGCGAUGAGCUUUGCGCUAUACUCACGAGUUGAUGAUUACUGCUUUGUUAUUGUUUUCCUUUGUUGCUCGGGCUAUGGCGAGAGAAUUUGGAGUCACUGAUGGGGGUACUGCAGGGUAGCUUUGGUGUUUCGUCGAUGCAUUCGCAUUGGGAAUCGUUAUAUAGGUUGUCAACUAGGAUAUUUUUCUAAAUCAAC